UUUACUAGGUUUAUCGGCUCGAAUUCACCGAGUCAAUCUGGCACCAAGCUGCUGAACGCGCUGCGCCGUAAGUGACCGCGUGUGGACCGUGGGCGCACUGAAUGCUUUGAGAUUGCCCGAAUUACUCUCUCUACUAUUCCCACACAUCUCCUACCCUGGCUUUUGUCAGUGGAAAGUGUGUGAGUACAGCGCGACUCUCGGACGCGCUGGCUCUUUGCCUCAAGGCAAGAAUGGACACGAAAGAAUUCGAAUUUCGACCCACCAAAGAAGGUGCCCGAUCGAAAAGUCCCGGAGUGAUUGGGCGUCUAAGUAAUUUUGCCCGAAGUAAAGCACGUCAUUCACUUAACGAGAAAACAUCGAAUUCGACGACUUUCAAUGAAAAACCGAAGAAGGAUCUCCAUCGUGAAUUUCAAAGAUGUCGUGACAAUCAUGAUCUACGCCUUGAUCUCAGCUCAAACGAUAUAACAUCAAUACCAUCGUCGAUUAGGGAUUUGACACAAUUGACAGAGCUAUUUUUAUAUAAAAAUAAGCUCACACAAUUACCACAUGAGCUGGGUAAUUUGGUAUCCUUAAGAAAAUUGGGUUUGAGCGAAAAUGCUCUCUGCUCCUUACCGGACUCCCUCGCCUCGCUUACCCAGCUAGAAACCCUAGAUCUUCGACACAAUAAAUUGACAGAAAUUCCCGCUGUGAUAUAUCGUAUCACGUCACUGGAAACCCUGUGGUUACGGUAUAACAGGAUUGUAUCCAUCGAUGAAGAUAUUGGAAAUUUAUCGAGGCUGAAGAUGAUCGAUCUUCGAGAAAAUAAAAUUCACCGUCUUCCUGCAUCGAUUGGUAAAAUUCACUCAUUAGUCGUGUGCCUUCUUAGCUACAACCAUUUAUCGCAAGUACCUGAAGAAAUCGGGCAAUGUAUAAGUUUGACGCAAUUGGAUUUACAACAUAACGAUCUUACCGACUUGCCAGAAUCGAUGGGACAAUUGAAAAAUCUUGUUCGAUUGGGUAUAAGGUACAACAAAUUACAUUCGUUGCCAUCAUCGUUAGAAAACUGCGUUCAGUUGGAAGAAUUCAUAAUCGAAGGAAAUCAUCUUCAACAGCUACCUGAUGCAAUGUUGACGUGUCUUCCAAAGCUACGGACCAUCAACCUGUCUCGAAAUGAACUUGCUGGUUUCCCACAAGGAGGUCCUCAGCAGUUCGUUGCUGCUGUGACAAUCAAUAUGGAGCACAAUCGAAUCAAUAAAAUUCCUAUUGGCAUAUUUUCACGUGCGACGGGACUCACGAAGCUGAAUUUGAAGGAAAACGAGUUGCUGUCAUUACCGCUGGAUAUGGGAAGUUGGAUCUCCAUAACGGAGUUGAAUCUCUCAACAAAUCAGCUAAAAGUUUUGCCUGAAGAUAUUGAGAAACUUGUAAAUCUUGAGAUUCUCGUCUUGUCAAAUAAUCAGUUGAAGAAGAUGCCAGCACAGAUUGGAAAUCUCAAAAAAUUGCGAGAACUUGAUCUGGAAGAAAACGAUCUUGAAACUGUCCCCAGUGAAAUUGGUUUCCUUUUACAACUGACGAAGUUGUGGAUACAGUCGAAUAAACUCAUCAGCCUACCGCGAACCAUAGGAAAUCUGGCAAGUCUCCAAGAUUUACGAGUUGGCGAGAACUCGCUGUCGUCUAUUCCUGAAGAGAUUGGUCAUCUGGACAAUUUGAAGUCUCUGUAUCUCAACGAUAAUCCUUCACUGCACAAUCUACCCUUUGAACUUGCAUUGUGUUCAUCAUUGGAAAUCAUGUCAAUUGAAAAUUGCCCGCUAAGUCAGAUUCCACCGGAAAUUACCGCUGGAGGACCCAGCCUUGUCAUACAGUAUCUGAAAAUGCAAGGUCCGUAUCGAGGAGUUGUGCUCACGCAAUAAUCAUCGAAACUGCAUCGAAAAACUCCGUUUCUGUUCAUUUUCUCUACAUUCUUUUUACAAAAAUGUGAUAUUUCUGUGCUAAUACGUUCGUUCACAAAACAUGAAGUCAUUGCAUUCUUUUUGCUUGGUGCUACUAGUCGUUUUUUUCAUACCGUUUAUCCGUUACUCUACUACAAAAUUGCUCUAUGUACAUCAUAGAAAUUAGAUGGUCCCAUCGAUAUGGAUGCAUUAUGUAACCUCUGGAAUCACUUCAUCUGCUCCCCGUAAUGUUUUUGUUAUUCACUUUUUUUUCGUCAUUGCAUGCUGCUGUAUUUUAAGAAUGUUUUUUCUUUUGUCUGCACGAAUCGUAUACUACAUUAUGCCCCGUCACGGGUGAUUUUUGCAUUGGGUUUCCAGGUAUAUACAGUUUCGUUUUAAUCUGAAUAAAUUGUUAUUAU